AAAAAAAAACAAAUUAAAAAGAGACAGAGAGAAGAAAGAGAACCUCCUCACCUUCCUCCUCUCUUUGCGCGUUUUCUCUCUUCUCUCUCUCCUACGGCUGUUGAAACCAAUGGCAUUUCUCCACUUCGCCGGAAUUUCGAUCGGAAGAUGAAUCGUCUCCUUCGUCUCUCUUCGCUUAAUCGUCGAUCUUCUUCUGUCGCCGUCUAAUUGCAAAUCCAAAUCGUUUUUUGUAUGGUAUAGAGAUUUGGUGAAGAACUAGACGCAGCUUAGAGGAAGCUUUUAUAUUUAUUGAAGCUUAGGGGGAAACAAUGUCAACAAAGGGAGAACAUCAUACAGUUCCACUUUCUGUGUUGCUUAAACGUGAAUCAGCUAAUGAAAAGAUAGACAAUCCUGAACUUAUACACGGCCAGCACAACCAAAGCAAGAAAGGAGAGGAUUUUACUCUUGUUAAAACAGAGUGUCAACGUGUUAUGGGCGAUGGUGUUACCACCUUCUCCGUUUUUGGGCUUUUUGAUGGACACAAUGGUUCUGCAGCAGCUAUCUACACUAAAGAGAACCUUUUGAAUAAUGUAUUAGCUGCAAUACCUUCUGAUCUUAACAGAGAUGAGUGGGUUGCUGCACUUCCUAGGGCUUUGGUUGCAGGAUUUGUGAAAACUGAUAAAGAUUUCCAGGAAAGAGCAAGGACGUCUGGAACGACUGUAACUUUUGUCAUAGUAGAAGGAUGGGUGGUGAGUGUUGCAUCUGUAGGUGACUCUCGUUGCAUACUUGAGCCUGCUGAGGGCGGUGUCUAUUAUUUGUCUGCUGAUCAUCGGCUUGAAAUAAACGAAGAAGAGCGAGAUCGAGUCACUGCAAGUGGUGGUGAAGUUGGUCGGUUAAAUACUGGUGGCGGUACUGAGAUUGGUCCUCUGAGAUGUUGGCCUGGUGGUCUGUGUCUCUCAAGAUCCAUUGGAGAUCUGGAUGUUGGCGAAUACAUUGUUCCAGUUCCUUAUGUAAAGCAAGUCAAGUUGUCUUCAGCUGGUGGUCGACUGAUCAUCUCAAGUGAUGGUGUGUGGGAUGCAAUAUCUGCAGAAGAGGCUCUUGAUUGUUGCCGGGGGUUGCCACCUGAAUCUUCUGCGGAGCAUAUCGUUAAAGAAGCUGUGGGUAAAAAAGGUAUUCGUGAUGAUACAACCUGUAUUGUUGUUGAUAUAUUGCCACUAGAAAAACCGGCUGCUUCCGUGCCGCCUCCAAAAAAGCAAGGAAAAGGAAUGUUAAAGUCCAUGUUCAAAAGGAAAACAUCUGACUCCUCUUCUAAUAUCGAGAAAGAGUACGCAGAACCUGAUGUAGUUGAAGAACUCUUUGAAGAGGGCUCUGCUAUGCUAUCAGAGAGAUUAGACACAAAGUACCCGCUUUGCAAUAUGUUUAAGUUGUUCAUGUGUGCUGUGUGUCAAGUAGAAGUGAAACCUGGAGAAGGUGUCUCGAUCCAUGCCGGGUCGGAUAAUUGCCGUAAGCUUCGUCCCUGGGAUGGUCCAUUCCUUUGUGCAAGUUGCCAAGAUAAGAAAGACGCAAUGGAAGGGAAAAGAUCAUCGGGAGAUAGACAUAGUAGUGAAAGCGACUAGCCAGCAAUCUGCAAAUUAUUGGCAAAGCAACUAACAAAACAGUAUUGUGAGUAAAUUGGAGCAGUUCAAGGAUCUUCGGGUUGUAAUUUUUCACCCAUAGAGAGAUAUGAAGUUCCUUGAUAAACCACCAACAUUCUUACCAUUCUCCAGCAGACUCCAAGGAAGUUUAUUUAUUUUUCUCCCACUUCACGACGUCUUACAUCAAACUUGUUUCAAAGUAGAGGUAAUUCAUAAGUUCUUUUCAUUUUUCCUUUUCAUUUUUUUUUGUCCAUUUGUGAUCACUCUGUGCUUUGGUAUUUCAAAAAUGAGUAGAACUAACUACCAGAGACAGUAGCUUUAUUACGUCUGUUGAAAUGUUGAGUCGUUUAGGAAGAGAGGGUAAGGAAGAUAUGCAAGUAUGUGUGCAAUUAUUUCAAUGUAUAAACCGAAGACAAAUUCUUGAUAGAAAUCAAAUCAUUUUUCAUGUAACUUUAAUUAUAUCUCGUCUUCUACGCUCAUAAAUUUUAUGUGCCUCUCUCUCUUCCAGAGUUAUGUCUUCAAAGAUAAGAGGACUUAUAUUGUUUAAGGAACCCUCAGAAUUUACAUCUCAAAAUGUAAGAUGGAGAUUGUAGUAACGUAGAUAAGAAAAGUAAA